CGGUGUGGUUGAUUUCGUGAUUAGUUCCAAUACUGUUCGGUACGGUACGGUACGGUAGUUCUAUUUGAAUAAUUUAUGGUCAAAAUAAAUUGCAUAAAAUAAGACGACGACAGAUUAAGGAGUGUGUCGCAAUUCAACGCUCGUGAAAGUGAAUUUUCAGUUUGUUAGUGAGUGAAAUUUGUGAGUGAAAUUCACCGUAGAACGAGUAAGAACGAGAAAAAGCAAAGCAUAAAAACAGACAACAACAUGUGUCAAGAUCGAGUAAUUAAGCUGCUGAUAUUCAGCUUUAUCGCCGGACUGAUGCUGCAGGAAUCGUCUCCCCAGCCCGCCGGUAGCAGUUUAUCGAAGGAGCGAAGAGGUGGUGGCGGUGGUGUAUCCCCAGAUGAGGAUGACUACAAUUACGAUGACGAAGAUGAGCCAUCAAAGGAAAAUCCUGACAACGAGAUCGGCAAUCCGGGACCAUCGUCGGCGAGUCAGUUGCUGACGAAGAAUCAAACCAUCGAAACGGAGCUGGACGACAUGGUUACGUUGCCCUGUCGGGUGCAGAAUCCGGAGGGACAGGUGUUACAGCAGGCAGGAAACAUCGAACGGCUGGGCCGGUUUCUGUGGUCACUGCCCCAGUGCGACAAGCUGCAGCUGAAUGAAUCCGUGCUCAAGGCCAAAGCCGUGGUGGCAUUCCACCGGGGGAACUUCAAAGAGCUAUACCGAUUACUCGAGCACCACCAGUAUGCACCCCACAACCACGCCAAACUACAAGCCUUGUGGCUGAAAGCUCACUACGUAGAAGCGGAAAAACUCCGGGGACGACCUCUGGGGGCCGUUGGCAAGUACCGAGUGCGACGCAAAUUCCCACUGCCCCGGACGAUAUGGGACGGAGAGGAAACGAGCUACUGUUUCAAGGAAAAAUCAAGAUCGGUUCUGCGAGAUUGGUACACACAUAAUCCGUAUCCUUCGCCGAGGGAGAAACGGGAACUGGCCGAAGCUACCGGAUUAACCACCACUCAGGUUUCCAACUGGUUCAAGAACCGGCGACAACGGGACCGAGCAGCAGAGCACAAAGACACCGGCGAAUCAGACAAACAGCACCUGGAUUCCUCGAGUGACUCGGACAUGGACGGUCCCAGCCUGGGCAUGCACGGUUCCAACAGUGGCUCGCAGCAUGGUAUGGGAGGAAGUGCGAGCCAAGUGAUGCACCUCGGCCCAGGAAUCCAGAGCGGUAGCAUCCCGGGAAGCGGCGGCCCUCUUUCGGGACCAUCGGGACCAGUUGGCGGUACUGGGCUCGGUGGGCUUGGUCUCGAUCAUCAACCGCAGCCUCUGUCGACGAGAAAUAGUAACUUGAUGAAUAUCCCGGCCGGUAGCAAUAAAGCGCUCGGGCAGCUGUCGUCCAGUUCACUUACGGCGGCCUAUUCGCACCUUUGGGAUCGAAGCAACGUGAUGGGAUCGAUGCCGAUCUAUGAUAUUGGAGAGUAUCAGCAUUUAUGAUUUUGAGUAGCAGGGUACGGCAGCGGGAGUAAGUAAUGUGGCUUUCUAUGUGAGUGUGGAGAGUGGCAAAUGAAGUCUCGGUACUUGAUCGGUUUGGCUGAGAUGCCAUCAGAUACUAGUUUUUUCUGAAUUCCACAGAGUGAUGGGCUUGUUUGUUUCGCUCUGAUAAUUGGCCUGCGUUAAGCCAUACCGACCUGAGCGUCAUGAUUUUUUCCUGGUAUGUUUCAAACAAAAAUUAUUUUUUUGAUGAAUUGCCAUUAACUUAUAAAGUACAGGGACACUUAUCAUCUUACAAAUACUGUUUGAGUUCUCAAAAGUUAUUUGAUGUGGGUGUUACCAGCAUUACAUUGAAUUCGAUUGCAUUUUUAGGCAGGUAUCUCGAAAUGGCACUUGGUAUUCUUUGGCUUAACACAGGCCAAUUAUGCUUGAAACAGAACUGACAUUUGCCAAGUUCUAUUUUUUAUUUCGAUUAUAAGGGGUCAGUCGCUUCUUUUUCAAGUUAGGAAAAUCUUUUACCGUAUAUGCCGGGUUGGGAAUCAAACCCGCACGAGAUGCGCACAAGGCAAUCAAUUUACCAAUUACGCUGUGCCCGACACUUGUUUUUAAUUAAACUGAUUUGAUUUGGUGUGCCAGUUGACGUUCAGAAGUAGAGAUCGUGAUCUUUUUUUUCUUUUUUACCGAAUGUCCUCCAUUUUCUUAAUGCAUGAAUAAAUUUAUAGAAUAAUGAAUGUAAAUUCAAUUCCCAUCUAGCCUGUCGCCAACGACAACGUGAAUUGCUAGCGAUUUAGAAAUACACCAACAUGAACUGGACAAUCCUACAAAUCGUAGGACUUACUUAUCUCAUUCGCAAUACAUGCAAUUGAAACCUAUCUGCAUAAGUUUAUAAUCGAGCUCACGUCGAUAAUAUUCUUUUAUCAGCAAAGUUAUCAGUAGAUGGAAUUUGCGGAUGAACCAUCACGCUUUAUCACCGGAUUUUUAGCUGUUUUACAUAUCUUUUCAAACCGAUUUUUUCAUUCGAUUAUAUCAUUACGCUUUUAUAUCCAUUCUCGUCUAUAUCACCUUCGAAUGUGUCAUGGAUUUGAUUUGAUUAUUUUGCGGACUUCGUCGCAUCAGUAGCUGACAGUCCGCCAACGCCUAAUUUUUUCGGAUUAGCUGACCACAAUCUUUCGUGAUCGUUUUCGAUACAAUUACUUUUCGCACCAAACAAUUGAAAAACUAAAAAUAAGUUCGAUUUUCAUAUUUUGACAAUAGAAACAACAACCUUUCCGAAAAGCAAAAAACUUUCAUAGCGGUCUUCAAACCAGUCUUGCGAUGCAUAAAACUUUAUGAUUUUGAAAAACAAAUGCAUUGACCAACAUUCUUUGCGUUUUUGGUCUAAUUGGCCACAACCCGGGUUAUUCUGGGAACCUGGUUCCUCCGGCAAAGAGGACACUGUUUGACUGAUUAUAAAACUCGUCUUGCGUCUUGUCUGUCAAACUUUAUAAUUUUGCAAAACAAGUGCAAUGGAAUCCAUUUUGAGAGUUUUUAGUCAAAUUUGACACACCCCGGAAACUUCCGGGGUGAUGUCAAAUUUGACUAUCUUUUGAGAUUUGAGAUCUUCCGGGAUCCUGGUUCCUCCGUUAAAAAGGAACGAUUUCCGACUGGUUUUAAAAUCCAAAAUUGCAGCACUUCAAACUUCACGAUUUGUCAAAAUAAGCACACUGAAAGACAUCUUGAGAGCAUUUGGACGAAAUGGCCACACUCCGGCGUAUUUCAGGAACCGGGUUUCUUCGGCAAAGUGGACAUUUUGGACCCUUUUGAAACACUGUCUUGUGGCAAACUGCAUGAAUUUGCGAAACAAGUACGCUAAAAGACAUUUCAAGGGUUUUUGGUUUAAUUGGCCACACUACGGGGUAAUCCGGAAACCUGGUCGGAGGGGCAAAGAGGACAGUUUUCAAUUGGUUACAAAACCCGUCUUGCGGCACGUCAAAUUUCAUGAUUCACUGAAGGACAUUUUGGGUUUUUUGUCUAUUUGUCUACAUCCUGGAGUAUCCCGGGAACCUGUUCCUCCGGCAAAGAGAACAAUUUUCGACCAGUUUUAAAACCUGUCAUGCGAUAUGUUAAAUGUCGAUUAUCAUGGUGAAGAUGAACAUGUCUAUCUAUACCAGGACACAUGCUGGUGAACUCUGGUGAUUCGUAGUUAUGCUGCCUAAGCUAGACCCUCAUUAGCAGAAGACAAAAAUUAAGCCCGUACGAUAUUCAGCCUGUUCUAAUGACCCUGCCACUUCUAGUUUUCCGAUCUGUUUACUUCACAUCCUUGCUCUCACUUGAGUACUGUGGCGCUAAUUUUCAUAACUUUCCCUGCCCAGUAAUCUCUAGCUAAUUGAAUGUCGUUAAAAUGUAAAAAAGAAAAUGUGACUAACAUAGUCGAAAUAAAAAAGGAAAAAAGAUAUGUUAAACUUCAAGAUUUUGCAAAACAAGUACACGAAAGGAUAUUCUGAUGGCUUUUGGUCUAUUUGGCCACAUUCCCAAGGUAUUCCAGGAACCUUAUUCCUCCGGCAAAGAAUACACUUUUCGACCCUUUUGAAACCUUGUCUGGCGAUAUGUCAAAGUUCGUGAUUUUGAAAAAAAUAAUGUGCACUGGGGGAUAUUGUGAGGGUUUUGGUUGAAUUGACCACACCUUGGAGUAUUCAUGGGAUCCUGGUUCCCUAGAGGAAAAGGACAUUUUUCGACCAGUUAUAAAAUCCACCUUGCGACAUGUCAAACGUCAUGAUUUUGCAAAUCUAGCAUAUAUUACUAUAUUUUAAGGUAUUUUGUUCGAAUUGCACCCAACCCGAAUUUUCAUUUCACCACCUGAAUUUGGUUCUUCUUGAAACGAAAAGUAUUCUCGGUCCGUUAUGAAACCAGUUUUGUGUCGCCAGUGGCGGGUUUUGGGGGCCAACCCCCCCCCCCCCCCCUCAAACCAAAAUUCAUUGAAUUGAAAAAAAAAAUGAUUACUGGUGACCAAUUUAAAAUAAAAAAAUAUUUAAUUUUAGAUAUUUAAAUAAUAAUUUUGGAAGUACUACGAUGGGAUGCAUAUGAUAGACGGAAUACGGAGACGGCGUAUGAACAACGAAUUGCAACAGUAGCUUGGAGAACCACCCAUUGUUCGCUCAGCGAAAUUUGGGUGGCUGCAUGUUUUCAGAAUGGUGAACAACUCGGUAAAAUGGCUCUAGAAACUAAUCGUUCUCAACACGUUACAUUCAAAAUCACUAAGAACGCGUUGAUCUCCCGCCAGCAUGCACCAGGUUUCUUGACCGUAGAAGACAACCGGUCCAAUGAGCGAUUUGUAGAAGAUUAACUUCAUUCGGUGUCGUACCUUCGUCGAUCGAAGGGUUUUUCGAAGCCCAAAGUAACAACGUUCACCUGCUAGAAUACUUUUCUAAAUUUCUCUGUUGGUGUCAUUAUUGGCGGUCAUUAGUGAGCCCAAAUACACGAGCUCACCCAGUAAACGAAAUGGCGACUAGGCGGGUUAAAACAUGCCGACGAGUGGUAGGCUAUUGAAACAUUGUUCUAGGCUACCCGCUGUAACUUGCCAACAAUUUCCCCUAAUUGUGUGGGUAUCAACCAACUCGAUAUCAUCGUCAUCGCUUCAACCGUCAGUCGGAUGUACGUUCCCACCAUCAUCUCAAGAUUGUGUGGCACAAUAUUGACGUUACCGGCGAAGCUAAAAAGCUGAGCAGACUUCCGGAAAACCGUGUCAAUCUUAGCUCUUGUUAUCACACCUUACCGUAGCCCUUUCCGAGUUUCAAAAGGACACAAAAGUAUUUCUAAUACUCAUCACAUAUCACUCGAUCUAUUUUCGCUGGUCCAGAAAUCCGUAUUUGAGCGUUAUAUGCUAGUUUUCUCAACGAUCUCGCUUGCUAACGGUGAUUCAGCAAUAUGAUUGCUCGAUAACUAUUUACAGUAAUCUCGCUUAACAUCCUUUUUAAAGAUGGUACAUACUACUUCCUCCAUCCAAUCUUCCAGUAAAAUCUGUUUCUCUCAGAUCUUUAAAACCACCUAGUGGAGUACUCUACACAACGCCUCUCUUCCGUGUUUUAGCAGCUCACAUGGCAGUUGAUCAUUGCCAGCGGCUUUAUCAGUCCUCAACCCGCCGAUCACCUUAUGAAUCUUCGGUAGAUCUUGCGCUGGGAAUCUGUUGUCGGCUGCGCAUGUCCCCAGACUGAUUCUUGCGAUACUCUCGUCGUCUACUGCUAUUUCGAUGUUCGUCAUAAUAUACUUAUCAAUCAGCUUUUACCUACUCGUAGAAUUUUCAUAACUCUAUACAGAUGCUCCAUCGCUUAUCUUCCUGUAGGCGAUUUUGAAUCUAUAUUCGCACUGUGGAAGGUGCGCACAUUUGUGAUGUUGGAGAAAUUUUUUUCGUUCAUUAGAACGUGGUCGAUUUGGUUAUAAAUUUGUUAAUCAGGUGAUCUCAGGCGUGAGGAUCAUGUCGCUGAUGAGGAGCUUCACUUUCUGCCGCGGGCUCCAAAUGCGCGUAAAAGGUAUUUCUCGUUCUCGGGUUACGCUUCGUGAGCGCAGUGCACGUUAACGAUGCUGUAGUUGUAGAAAAGGCCUUUGAUCCACACACCUCCUUUCUCUGAUCGUCUGGUAGUUGAUUACGUGUUGGUGCAUCUUGCCCAGCACUACAAAGCUGAUUCCCAACUUGUUUGUUGUGCCGUCGCUCUAGUAGAAUGUAACCGCGCGAUGCCCGCUUUUCCACACAUUCUGUCCUGCCAAGCAAAGUUCCUACAAUGCUACGUCUUUGAAGUUGCGAGUUUUCAGCUCAUUGUGUAGGCUCAUAGAAUUACAGUUCGAUAUGCCAUGUUUCCAAACGUAGUCCUUUUUUCGUUAAGUGGGCUUUGACUGAUUAUUCCGAUCCGCCUUGUCCUUCUGAUUCUUCGUAACGUGGUGUUUUCCGGGCGGCUUGUUGGGUUUGACACAACCUUCUGUCUCCUCGAACAGCCGCGCCACCUCACGUAUUCAGUUCUGUCCACGGUAGGGUUAUAGCGCACAUGCCCACUCGCACCUUCUCAUUUCGCUUCUACUGCAGAAGACGGUAGUACCCAGUCGAUGCCGGGAUACAGAUUAAAUGUCAUCAAUAGACGCACAAGAAAGCAUGAGAUAGGAGCUUGUGAACACUGGGAAGUAUUCACCAUUUGAUGACCAAUCUUCGAAGUUGAUGGUUUCGAAAUUUUGUGAUGUUGACCGUAAGAUAUAUUCCAUUUUAAAACUCUAUGAAGAUAUUGAAGGUAUUCUUUUUUUCUUAUUUUUAGAAUGGAAUGGUAACCGCUGAACUGUUUUUGUUUGUGAACUUUCAAUAUUUUAUCAAAUUUACAUUAUAUUGAAGCAUUUUCGAAAAAUCAACGAUUUUCGUCAAAACCCCCGCCAAACCAAAUUUCUGGCUACGCCACUGUGUGUCGCGUAUAAACAACAUAAAAGUAGACCAUCGCUAUUGCAAAAUUAUGAAGCUGGACAUGCCGCAAGACGGGUUUUAUAACGGGUUGAAAAGUGUUCUCUUUACUGGAAGAACUAGAUUGUCGGAAUAUCCCUGGUGGUGGUCAAUUACACCAAAAACUAUCUAAAUGUUUUGCAAUGUACUUGUUUUGCAAAAUCAUGAAGUUUGACAUAUCGCAUGACAGGUUUAAAAACUGGUCCUCUUUGCCGGAGGGACCAGAUUUCCGGAAUAUCCCGGGGUGUAUCCAAUUUGACCAAAAACCCUCAAAUGUUCUCCAGUUCACUGGUUGCACAAAAUUAUGAAAUUUGGCACCCCGCAAGAUGAGUUUUAUAGUAGGUUGAAAAGUGUCCUCUUUGCCGGAUAACCAGGUUCCCGGAAUACCUUGGGUUGUGGCAAAUUCGCCUAAAAACUCAAAAUGACCACCGGUGUACUUGUUGUGCAAAAUCAUAAAGUUUGACAUGUCGCAAGACGGGUUUUAUAACUGGUCGAAAAUUGUCCUCUGUCGGAGAAGCCAGGUUCCCGGAAUACUGCAGGGUGUGGUCAAUUAGACCAAAAACCCCCAAAAUGUCCUUCAGUGAACUUUCUUAGUAAAAUCAUGAAAUUUGACGUGCCGCAAGACGUGUUUUGCAACCAAUCGAAAACUGUCCUUAUUGCCCCUCCGACCUGGUUUCCGGAAUACCCCGUAGUAUGGCCAAUUAGACCAAAAACCCUUGAAAUGUCUUUUGGCGUACUUGUUUCGCAAAUUCAUGCAGUUUGACAUGCCGCAAGAUAGGGUUUCAAAAGAGUCCAAAAGUGUCCACUUUGCCGGAGAAACCCGGUUCCCGAAAUUCCCCGGAGUGUGGCCAUUUCGUCCAAAUGCUCUCAAAAUGUCUUUCAGUGUGAUUGUUUUGUAAAAUAAUGAAGUUUGAAGUGCUGCAAAACGGAUUUUGAAUCCAGUCGAAAAUCGUCCCUUUUUACCGGAGGAACCAGGUUCCCGGAAGAUCGCUGGUUGUGUCCAAUUUGACCAAAAACCUUUAAAAUAGUUUCCAGUGCACUUGUUUUGCAAAAUUAUAAAGUUUGACACCCCGCAAGACAAGUUUCAUAAUCAGUCGAAAAGUGUCCUCUUUGCCGGAGGAACCAGGUUCCCGGAAUAUCCCGGGUUGUGGCCAAUCCAACCCGCAAUGUUGGUCAAUGCGUUUGUUUAACAAAAUCAUAAAGUUUUGUGCAUCGCAAGACUGGUUUGAGGACUGCUAUGAAAGUUUUUAGCUUUUCGUAAAAGGGGGUAACGACCUGUUCAGGGUAUCAUCCAAACAAUAUGUGGAAUCGUUGCACUAUACGGGUUAAAGUUCGUGUAUAAUUUAUUUUUUGUUCUUACCUCAUAUCGACAAUGAAUUUUGUUCGCUAUCGUUAGUUCGACUCCGAACUCACAUCAAAUGUCAACUGUUUCAAAGCUGUGGAUUCAGACAUAAUACCGUUAAAAUUUCCGAUUCUUCAAACACCCACAUAUAUCAUGCCGGACAGCACUCUCCGUAGGUUUUGUUUUUGAGUUGAUGAUAAACGAUUAGACCAGUUCUCAUACAGCUGCAAUCUUAUACGGUUAGGUUUAUCUAUUGAAAGCAUAGCGUUAGUCCACUACUAAACUAUUAUACUCUGAUUUCUUUAGGGUGUAGAAGUUAGUCUUACCUAUGUAUAUUUUAAUUCUGAACAACGGUUCCGAAAUCAUUAGAACAAAAUAUUAGCGUUAAAUUUAAUUAAAAUGUAAAAUGCAAUAAUUAAUCAAAAAAUCACUUAUCUAAUUAUAUAUA